UGUGUGUGUGUGUGUGUGUGUGUGUGUGUGUGUGUGUGUGUGUGUGUGUGUGUGUGGACCAGCAGAGACGGUGCACUAGGACCGAGAAGAGCUUCCUCUCGUCGUGAGCAUUGAAACUAACACAGCGGAGCUUUGGAGGACCCCCACCCCCUUCCUUCCUCCCCCUCCUCAUUGGAUCUACCGAUUACAUCCAUCCAUUCCUUUUUUCUUUUUUUUUUUUCGCUCAUCUCCGCGGGGAUCGCACCGCCGUGUGCGUUUGGGAUGGCCAAGCAACCAGGAGAGGAUUAGGAAAAUUUGGCAACGUUUGCGUAAAAAUAUAUAGACGGAGAAGGAAAAGAAAAAGUAUGAGGAGGAGGAUGUCUUUUGGCUGAUCUGUCCGAACAGGUUUUAUUUAUGUUGUUUUAAAUGUACACCCUCCGUUUCCACUAUUCCAAGCCCGCAAAGUCAUAUCUGCGCAAAAAAGGCGCACUUUGUUCCAAUAUUUAACAAUAAUAAUAAUAAGGAAACAACAUCUCUGUCCUUGUGUUUUGGAUGUCCAUCGGACCCCCCUUUCUCCUUGGCUGAGUGGGUGAUCUGGCUGGAACCAGUGUGGAUGGAAGCGUUUUCUCUUCUGCUGAGCAGGAGUUGUGAUGUCCAAAGAUCCCCCCUGCCGCUGACCGACGCUUCUCAGCAUCGCAGCGUUUUGGAAACGAACGGAAGGCUGUGAGGACGGGGGAGGAAGAUGACACCUCCCUGCCCUCUCUUGAUCCUGCUGUACUUCACCCUGUCCAAGAGUGUAAAGGUGGUCUCAAAGAGAGGCUCAGUCGAUGGCUGCACAGAUUGGUCAGUGGACUACCUAAAGUACCGGGUGCUUCAGGGUGAGCCAGUACGGCUUAAGUGUGCUCUGUUCUACGGUUACAUCCGAGCCAACUACAGUCAGGCUCAGAGCGUGGGUCUCAGCCUCAUGUGGUACCGCAGUUCUGGCCUCGGACACAGUGACUUCGAGGAGCCCAUCUCGUUUGAUGGCGUGCGCAUGAGCAAAGAAGAAGAUUCCAUCUGGUUUCGACCUGCUGAUCUACAAGAUGUAGGCCUGUACUCCUGUGUCCUACGGAACUCGACAUACUGCAUGAAGGUGUCCAUGUCUUUGACUGUGGCUGAAAARGACACAGACCUUUGUUACAAUUCCAACAUGAGAAAACAUGAAAAGGCCGAACUCAGUAAGAGCAAAGACAUCCUCUGUCCUGACAUCGAUGACUACGUUGAACCUGGCAAAGAACCUGAGAUUYUGUGGCACAAGGAGUGCCAUCCAAAACAGUGGCGGGCCAGUAUAAUUCAGAAGAGAGACAUUUUGUCCAUUCAAGARGUAAAGGAAGACGAUAUUGGGAAUUACACCUGUGAAGUCCAGUUUGGUGGUUUUGUUGUCAGAAGGACGACAGAACUCACAGUAACCGCUCCUUUGACCGACAAGCCACCAAAGAUCCUGUUUCCCACGGAAAACAAGAUUAGCACCAUGGAGCUGCAACUAG